AUGGCAAAGAAUAAAAUUAAUCAGUAUUUAAGUUUAGAAGCAUCAGAAUCAGAAAGUGAAGAGGAGUCAGAAGAUUUGGAUGUAAAUAUUGAACGAGAACCAGUUUUAAAUUAUACGGACAUUGCUAAAAGAAUUAAAGAUAAAUAUUUAGCAUUGAAUGAAGAUAUUGACGUAGAAGAAGAGGAAGUGGAAGAAGAUUUUGUUGAAGGUAGCACACAGGCACAAUUUCUUCCUAAAAAAUCAUCUCCUCGACUUUUUCUUGUUCGUGUUAAACGUGGCAGCGAAAAAGAAAUUGCCUUAAGAAUUUUACAAAAUAAAUCUAAAAUUUGUUCGAUAAUUGCAAAGGAUGGCUUAAAAGGGUAUAUUUACAUUGAAGCAUAUCAGAAACAACAAGUUUUGGAUUCAUUUGAAAAAAUAAGAGGUAUUUUUAGAAAUAAGCUUAGUAUUGUUCCACAAAAUGAAAUGAUAGAAGCCAUUUCCUAUAAGGAUGACUUAAGUAAUGUAGAAUUUGGUAGAUUAAAAAAAGGGAAAUAUAAGGGAGAUCUUGUACAAAUUAUAGGAAGUAAUGGAGACAUGGUAAAGGUUAGAGUAAUGCCUAGAAUUAAUGAAAUAAAAAAACUAUUUGAUCCAGUUGAAUAUAAAGAUGAGGUUAUAAAAGAAGGAGAUAAUAUUUAUAUUUAUAAAAGAGAUUUAUAUGUAAAUGGAUAUUUAGAAAAAGAAAUUUUAAGAUCUAGUGUUGAUUUAGACAUAGAACCGAAUUUUAACGAGUUAGAACAGUUUAACAUUCGUAAAAGGUUUGAUGCAGGAGACAAGGUAAAAGUUAUUAAAGGGGAAUUAAUUGGCACAAAAGGAGUAGUUAAAAGUGUUACGGGUCCAAUGACAAUUAUUGUAGCAGAAGGGAAAAAUUUUGAAAUUUUUUCAAAUUUUCUUGAUAAAUAUUACAACAUCGGCGAAGAGGUGUGUUUUAAUUCUGAAAAUGGAAUUAUUACUAAUAUAAAAAAUAAUAAGUAUUUUAUUGCAAUAAAAAAUUUUACAGAAGAGGUCGUUGCUGAUGUUAAUCAAAUAAAAAAACCAAUUCCUUAUUCCAAAGAAUUUGUCCGGAAAGAAAAAGCCAGACCCGUAAUUAAAAGAGAUAAUUUAAUUAAUAAGCAAGUUCAAAUUAGAAAAGGUCAAUACAAAGGAUAUAUUGGUAUAGUGAAAGAUAUCUACAUGAAUAAAUGUAGAAUACAAAUCAGCUCUAAUUUAAAAUAUGUAUCAGUUCCCAGAGAAGAUCUAGUUGAAUUUAUAAUUAAUAAUGAAAUUGAAAAUGUUACUAAAAAAACAUUUUCUAGUAUUAUUACUAAAACACCCGCUUAUGAACCAGAUGGCCCGAUAAAUCUAAAUAUGGAUAAAAAUAGAGAUAGAUUUGAAAUGGUAGAUGAUAAAUAUAAAAAUGCUUUAGUUAAAUAUAAUGAUGAAAUUUAUACUGUAGAAUAUCUCAGUGGAAAUAAUUUUGUGACAGACGGUGGGGUAUUUAAUAAAAAUGCCGUAAAAUAUAUUACCCCUAGUAGAGAAGAUAACGUUAUUAUUAUGCAAGGAGAGGACUUGGGUAAGCCUGCAAUAUUAUUAGAAAUUGAUGAACUUACAAAAAAUUGUGUUGUAAAAAUUUUAAAUGGAAAUAUAAAAAAUCUACCACUAGGUAUUUUGACCAAAAAAAAUUAA